GGACUGUCCGACUGCAGCCCCUGCUCCCAUUCGUGACCACUUUAAGACUCAGACCAACAGUGCAUCGAUUCCCUUUCUUUUUGACAUCUCGUCUCGUGUCCGACUUUUCUGCCUUCUUUGUCAUAACCCUGGGUCCGACACAUCCGACGCCAUGUACGUCAGGAAGCGCGAUGGGCGCCAGGAGCGCGUCCAAUUCGACAAAAUCACAGCUCGCGUUUCGCGUCUCUGCUAUGGCCUUGACAUGGACCAUGUCGACCCGGUGGCCAUCACCCAGAAGGUCAUCUCGGGCGUCUAUGGAGGUGUCACAACUGCCCAGCUCGAUGAUUUGGCCGCCGAGACUGCCGCCUACAUGACAGUCACACACCCCGACUACGCCAUCCUUGCCGCCCGUAUCGCCGUCUCCAACCUCCACAAGCAGACAAAAAAGCAAUGGUCUGCCGUCGUGAGCGAUCUCUACCACUAUGUCAACCCCAAGAACGGCCGGCCGUCUCCCAUGAUUGCCAAGGAGACAUAUGAAAUUGUCAUGCGGCACAAGGACGAGUUCGACUCGGCCAUUGUCUAUGACAGGGACUUCAACUACCAGUACUUCGGCUUCAAGACCCUCGAGCGCUCAUACCUGCUGAAGCUCGACGGCAAGAUUGUCGAGCGGCCCCAGCACAUGAUCAUGCGGGUUGCCGUCGGCAUCUGGGGAGACAAUAUCGAGCGCGUUAUCGAGACGUACAAUCUCAUGUCCAACAAGUUCUUCACACACGCAUCCCCGACGCUAUUUAACGCCGGUACUCCUCAGGCCCAGCUCUCGUCCUGCUUCCUGGUCGACAUGAAGGACGACAGCAUCGAGGGUAUCUACGACACCCUCAAGACUUGCGCCAUGAUCUCCAAGAUGGCUGGCGGUAUUGGUCUGAACAUUCACCGCAUCCGCGCCACCGGCUCAUACAUUGCCGGCACAAAUGGUACCUCCAAUGGCAUUAUUCCCAUGCUGCGGGUCUUCAACAACACUGCCCGGUACGUCGACCAGGGCGGUAACAAGCGCCCUGGCGCCUUUGCCAUCUACCUUGAGCCUUGGCAUGCCGAUGUUUUCGAGUUCCUCGACCUUCGCAAGAACCAUGGCAAGGAGGAGGUUCGCGCCCGUGACCUCUUCCUGGCGCUCUGGAUCCCAGAUCUCUUCAUGAAGCGAGUCGAGAAGAACGGCGAGUGGACCCUCAUGUGCCCCAACGAGUGCCCGGGUCUUGCCGAUUGCUACGGCGACGAGUUUGAGGCUCUGUAUGAGAAAUACGAGAAGGAGGGCCGUGGCCGUAAGACUGUAAAGGCCCAGAAACUGUGGUAUGCCAUCCUCGAGGCCCAGACCGAGACCGGCAAUCCCUUCAUGCUCUACAAGGAUCACUGCAACCGGAAGAGCAACCAAAAGAAUCUCGGUACCAUCCGCAGCUCCAACCUUUGCACCGAGAUCAUUGAGUACUCGGCCCCUGAUGAGGUUGCUGUUUGCAACCUGGCCUCCCUCGCUCUUCCCCAGUUCGUCGAUUACCAAAAGGGUGUCUACGACUUCAAGAAGCUGCAUGAGGUCACUCAGGUCGUUGUUCGCAACCUGAACAAGAUCAUCGACGUCAACCACUACCCCGUCAAGGAGGCCUACAACAGCAACAUGCGCCACCGCCCCAUUGGUGUGGGCGUCCAGGGCCUGGCGGAUGCCUUUCUGGCCCUGCGCAUGCCUUUCGAGUCUCCCGAAGCCCGUCAGCUGAACAAGCAGAUUUUCGAGACCAUAUAUCAUGCCGCUCUCACUGCAUCUUGCGAGCUUGCCAAGGAGCAGGGCACUUACUCGACGUAUGAAGGGUCUCCUGUGUCUCAGGGCAUCCUCCAAUACGACAUGUGGAACGUCAAGCCAAGUGAUCUUUGGGACUGGGAUGCCCUCAAGGCUAAGAUCAAAGAGCAUGGUGUCCGGAACAGCUUGCUGCUCGCACCCAUGCCCACUGCUUCAACAUCCCAGAUUCUGGGCAACAAUGAGUGCUUUGAGCCCUACACUUCCAACAUCUACCAGCGCCGUGUGCUGGCCGGCGAGUUCCAGGUUGUCAACCCCUGGCUUCUGAAGGAUCUCGUCGAUAUGGGUUUGUGGUCCGACAACAUGAAGAACCGCAUCAUAGCUGAGGGUGGCUCGAUCCAGAACAUCCCCAACAUUCCCGCCGACAUCAAAGCUCUCUACAAGACUGUUUGGGAGAUUUCGCAGCGGACUGUCGUCCAGAUGGCGGCCGACCGUGGUGCCUUCAUCGACCAGUCGCAAUCCCUCAACAUCCACAUGCGCGAGCCCACCAUGGGCAAGAUCACCAGCAUGCACUUUACAGGUUGGAAGCUGGGUCUUAAGACGGGCAUGUACUACCUUCGCACCCAGGCCGCGGCGCAGCCCAUCCAGUUCACCGUCGACCAGGAGGCACUCCGCGUGCAGGACACCAACACAGGCAAGGUGUCGGGCCUCAAGAAGCGCGCCCCGCCGGGCAGCUACAUGUCGUCUCCCACCGCCGUUCCCCGUCCCAUGGCGAUUAUCAAUAAGGAGAGCACUCCCAACGGUACGGGCAGCAAGGGCGUCACGACCCCGAGCACACCGCCCCCCAGGAGUCCCAUCAAGGCACCUGGCCUGGGCGAGGUGAAGCCUCGUGUUUUGGCUUCACCGUCCAAGCCGCCCGCGUUCAAGGCCGACGUCGAUGAGGGCGAUAGUCCCAAGGCUCUGCCCACGGAGCCGACGGACAGCCAGCCUAAAUUGGAGGACAUCGGCUCGCCGGCUCUCGGCGCCAAGAAGGAUGCCGAGGAUAAGGAGGAUGAGAGCAAGGAGCGCGAGUUGGACAUCUACUCUGAGGCUGUCCUUGCUUGCAGCAUUGAGAACCCCGAGGCCUGCGUGAUGUGCAGCGGUUGAUUUACUCGGCCACUGACCCGUGUACGAAUGAAACAUGGCGCGAUGUAGCGUGAUGAUGGGAUUAAUCACUGGCAUGGUUGGGUUUGGUUCUCCUUCGGUUUGUGCUUUCUCAGGGAAUCAUGAUGGGCAUGUGCGGGCAUCCUUCAGUUGCGUCGUGGACUUGCCCUUGCGUGGACGGGAACACACACUCCACACCGCACGGCGCGGCGCGGAAAGGAGGGCGGCAAUAUGCCGGAUACCAUCUCCGUCUUUUCUUUUGGGCAGGUGUUGGAUUAUUAGGUGCCAUUAAGGGUUUGGUUGUUUUCUACCCUCGACAUUUGGCUGUACGAGGGUGUUUCCUGUCUAGUAGAUGUACCACCAACUGCAGCAGGCUGGGCUUGCGCAGGCCGCUGUUGUUUCUCUUAGCUAUCUCGUUAG